UAUUCCUUUCUGCAUCUAUUUUCAAGCUUCUAUUUGACGAUUCUUCUUCCUCACUCUGUUUUUCAUCCAUCCAUCUUUAUUCCCUUCAAUUGCCUUAGAAGGGUAAUCUUCAUUUUGACUUUUUCUCUCUGGAUUUUUUAUGGUCUCUGAAUAGUUUCAGAGAGUAAUCGAGAGAGUAUGGAAGAGGUUAAAAAUCCCUGUAUGCCGAUCAAGUUCACUGAGCACAAAACCGUUAUCAGAAAACCCAUCAAAUCGAAAGGAAGGACAUGGUCGGAGAAGAGAGUUGUGAGAGUAUCCGUCGUCGAUCCUUAUGCUACCGAUUCAUCCGACGACGAUGAGAAGGGGGGUGAUUUUAUCCCCCGGAAGAGGGUGAAGAAGUAUAUCAGUGAAGUAACCAUCGAGCCUAUUUCUAAUGGGAAAAAAACCGUCAGGAAACCAGCCAAGGCUGCGACGGCGACGGCGGUGGCUGCUACCGGAAAUGUCCGGAAGUUCCGUGGCGUGCGUCAGCGUCCGUGGGGGAAAUGGGCGGCUGAGAUAAGGCAUCCGGUGAGAAAGCUUCGAAUCUGGUUGGGGACUUUUGAUACUGCUGAAGCGGCGGCGAUUGUGUAUGAUAAGGCCGCGAUUGAUUUUCAUGGUGCCAAUGCUCAGACGAACAUUAUCCGGCCGCCGGCGAGGAAUAAUCCGGAGGCGGAGGGUGGUUGUCAUUCUGAUUCCGGUAACGUUUCAUCUCCUAUAUCAGUUCUCCGUUUCAGAACAAACUCCGACGGAGCUGAACCGUCGAUCCGAUCUGGUCAUGAAGAUGAGGUCAGUAAGGAGAUGGAAAUCGUUCAAUCUGAGCCGAUUCAAGAAAUCCAGAUUCGACAACCCAAUGGUUCUUCUUCACUAAAUCUGGCCGAUGAACCGGAAGGCAAUUAUCUUGCACGAUCACCAUGUUUUGCCGAUGAAAUAGAAGACUUUCUGUUGAUGGACUCGCCGAUGCUAGACGAUUUCUUCGGCUUUGAUUUACAGAACUCCAUGUUUUUGAACGAGACACUUUUUUUGGAUGAUGCGCCGCUAUCACUGACGACGGACAGUUUAACUUCCGACGGCGACAUGGAGAACAUAUUUAACACCGAACCAAUCAUGAAUAUGGAUUCGCCGUCGGUGAAAGAUCUGGAUGAGUUGUUUAAGGAUUUUGGUGAUGAAUUUUUUGGGCUCUGAUCCUUAAAAAAGUGUAAUCUUUGUAAUGGGUUUUUGAUAAUAUGGUGGUGGUACUGUCUUUUGUCUCUGGUUGUUGCUGGCUGGCCCGUCGAUUCUUCGACAAAUUUUGAACCGCUGGCGAGACUCAUA